AUGCAGAGUAUGCCAUCACACAUUAUUAUUUAUUUUUCUUCUUCUUCUUCAUGCUGCUUUCCUAUUAUUUCCUUUCCCCUCUUUAUCAUUUUUGCUAGCACCUCUUUUUGCUCACCUCUUCCUCCUCUUUACUUUCACCUCCUCCUCCUCCUCCUUUUUCUUUGUGCUGCUCUUCUAUUAUUUCCUUACUCCUUUUUAUCAUUUUUACUAACUUUUCCUCUUGCCCUCCUCCUCCUACUUCUUUUUCUUUGUUGUCCUCCUUUUAUUUCCUUCCUCCACUUUAUCAUUUUACCAACACCUUCUCUUGCCCUCCUCAUCCUCCUUCUUUUUCUUUGUGAUGUUCUCCUUUUUUUCUUUAUCAUUUUUGCAAACACCUCCUCCCCCUCCUUCUUCUUCUUCAUUUACUUUUUUUUUGAACUGCUCUCCUAUUAUUUCCUUUCUCCUCUUUAUCAUUUUUGCUAA